UCUCUCGCGCACACACACACACACGUAGAGCCCAAUAUAGCCAACCUAUGUGGACCACACGUUAGUCAUCAGUCAAUCAUCACAUCAUCAUGUUCUGCUGGGGAGACGGUUCGAGUGGACAGUUUGGUCUAAACUUUGAGAAUGUGUCUGUUCCUACAGCAGGGAAUAUAUUCUCUGAUAAAGUCACAGAAAUUACUUGUGGGGAGCAACACACUUUAUUUCUCACGGUAGAUGGCAGGAUCCUAUCAUGCGGGCGCAACUCAAAGGGACAACUUGGUAGACAGAAGAACAGAGAUUCAAAAUUACCAGCCCCAGUGGAGGGUCUGGGGGCAGUGGUCUCUGUGGCUUGUGGUCAGGACCACUCUGUAGCUGUGUGUGCGUCAGGACAGGUCUACUCCUGGGGGCAGGGGUGAGGGACAGCUGGGCAUCGGCCUUACUACUGUCUCCAAAGUCCCCAGGCCAAGAUGUCUCCUUUUUUUUACAGACCAGUUCCAAUACCUUCGCCCUUGCCGAUAACAGUGAUACAGGUUGCUUGUGGAAAUUCCCAUUCUUUGGCCCUGACUAAAGGAGGACAGGUGUUCUCAUGGGGUUUUAACAGUCAUGGACAGCUGGGCCUGGGGAAGGAAGUAGCUCUGCAGCCCAUACCUGCCCUGGUGCGCUCCCUCACAGGGGUCCCAGUGACCCAGGUAGCAGCCGGAGGAACCCACACUCUGGCCCUCACCCUCCCAGGCCUGGUCUACUGCUGUGGGGCGAACAAGGCUGGGCAGCUGGGACUCAACCGUGUGGAUGAGAAAGGCCGGUUCAACAUCUGUGCUGUGCCUGCUCUCAGAGUCUUGGGGGUUUCCUUCAUCAGCUGUGGAGAGGCACAUUCUGCUGUUCUCACCAAGGGUGGACAGGUGUUCACCUUUGGAGAGGGAAGCCGAGGCCAGCUUGGGCACAACGCCUCAGCUAACGAACUCCUACCCAAACUGGUAGAGGGUAUGGAUGGACUGGUCUCACAGAUAGCAUGUGGCAGCCAUCACACCCUGGUGCUGGGGUCCUCAGGUCAACUCUGGGCCUUUGGCAGUGGGGUCAAAGGUCAGCUAGGGACUGGCAACACAGAGGGCUGCUUGCAACCCACCUCAGUGCUGCUGAAAAGGGCUUCUGGUGGGGCAGUGACAGUCAUACACAAUGACAUGAAGAUAUCAGUGGGAUGGAAUUCAAACUUCAUUUACACUGCUGAGAGUUCUGAAAGAGAACAGCCAAUCGGGAGGUUAGAUAAAGCCAAGCUGCAAAAAUGGCUGACGAUGGAGCAAGGAAAUGCAGAGGCGGAAAGAGGAAUAUCCUUGAUGUUCUCAACAAGUUCAAGUCUUGUGGCCAGUUUCACCAAAACCAGUGCGUCUCCAUCAACUAAAGCUGCAGGAGCUUUGAGAGUGGACCUAGAGGCUGCUAGCCAGGCAUUUGAUCAGCUCUUCAACAUCCCAUGGAUCAGGAAAUCAGCUAAGAUUAUCUCACUCUUCAAAGACUUAAACCGAUAUCAACAAUCCAUUAAAUAUCAAUAUAUAUUUUGAAUGGAGGAUCAUGAUAGCAUAAUGUUACUCUCUUCAUGUCUAUAUAUAUUCUCCAUAUAGGUAAAUA